AACAAAAGGCACAUGUUCAAACUGAACGGAAAAAAAAAUCUCAAAAGCAAACAAAGUACAAUAGAAAGCAGGACGAAGCUAAGGGAGCAAAAAAUAACAAAAGCUAACUCAGAGAACUUGCACAGUCCUGGGAAAUGUUACACAAAAGAUAGCAACAAGUGAAUAGGUUGGAAUGCUGAAAGCAGGUGUAAGGAUAUGCAACAAUCUGGCGACAAGCGAGGCUUAAAAAUCCCUGAUGAGAUGUGUUGCGUUCAUUUAUUCAUUCAUUCAUUUUCUAACGCUUUUUCCUCACGAGGGUCGCGGGGGUGCUGGAGCCUAUCCCAGCUGUCUUUGGGCGAGAGGCGGGGUACACCCUGGACUGGUGGCCAGCCAAUCACAGGGCACAUAUACGUAGACAAACAACCAUUCACACUCACAUUCAUACCUACGGACAAUAUAUUUUGAUUAAAAUUUCCUGCUGACAAAUAUUAACGCCUCCGCUCUUUAAGUGCGCUAAUAUUUGUAUUAUAUAUUUAUUUCUCUCCCAGAACGUGACGCAUUUUGGGAAUGAAGUGAGCAGAGAGCGCAUAAGGGGAUUUUGUCACCGAUCCCAUCUGUCAUCUUCCUAAGUGGUCUCAAAAUCCAGGCUCGCAUGCUUGGAUUAUCGUUCCUUCUCAAGAGGAUGAUAAGUACACUUCAGCAAGGUGCGGAUGUGUGACAUUUUCAUCGCAUCUCGGAGGCGAAAGGUGAUCGCAGGAGUCCCAUAAAGACUUAAAACUCAGACCCGACCAGUUCCAUGGACUUCAUCUGAUCCAAACAUCAAAGCCAGCCUGACAUUACUGACCUUCGUCGUCAAAGACCAGCAGGAGUGUUCCAGCAUGAUGACCAUGAUGAUGAUGACGGUGGCCAUGAUGGUCACCUGCAGCUCUCUGUUCCUUCUGGGCUUGGCUGCCGCUCAUGCUUCUUCGUCAUCCUCCAGCACUGUCACACGUUCUUCCUCCUCGUCCGCCUCCUCUUCUUCCUCCUCGGCCUCCUCUUCGCCACGUAUGAAGCUCUCCUUCAAAGACUUGCAGCAGUUCCACGGCGUGAGGCGCUUCGAGUUGGAACGUUCAUGCUGCUUCAGCGCUCUGUUGCUGGAUGAAGAGAGGGGUCGUCUGUUUGUGGGGGCCAAGAACUUCCUGCUGUCGCUAUCGCUGGAUAACAUCGCAAAACAGGAGCAUAAGAUCUACUGGCCGGCCCCCGUUGAGUGGAGGGAGGAGUGUAACUGGGCUGGGAAAGACAUCACAUCGGACUGCGUUAACUAUGUGAAGAUGGUCCACCAUUUCAACCGUACACACUUGUACGCCUGCGGAACCGGAGCCUUCCACCCUACUUGUGCCUUUGUGGAGGUCGGCCACAGGAUGGAGGAUCACGUCUUCAGAAUCGACCCUUCUAGUGUGGAAGAUGGCAAAGGGAAAAGUCCUUAUGAUCCUCGCCAUAAUGCUGCGUCUGUGCUUAUUGGUGAUGAGUUAUACGCAGGUGUCGCUACAGACUUAAUGGGGCGGGACUUCACCAUAUUUAGAAGUUUGGGUAAACGUCCUUCCAUCCGCACGGAGCAACACGAUUCACGCUGGUUGAAUGAGCCAAAGUUCGUUGGUUCCUUUUGGGUCCCAGAGAGUGAAAACCCAGACGACGAUAAAGUGUUCUUCUUCUUUCGGGAGACAGCAGUGGAGGCCCAAGGACUGGGGAAGUCCACGUAUUCACGUAUCGGCCAACUCUGCAGGAACGACAUGGGCGGUCAACGAAGUUUGGUGAACAAAUGGACCACCUUCCUCAAAACGCGUCUGAUCUGCUCGGUGCCGGGGGCCGACGGCAGCGACACUUACUUUGACGAGCUACGCGACGUAUUCCUGUUGCAGACCAGGGACAGAAAGAAUCCUCUGGUCUACACAGUCUUCUCCACUUCCAGUAGUGUAUUUAAAGGCUCAGCGGUGUGUCUUUACUCCAUGAAUGACAUCCGGAGGGCCUUCCUGGGGCCGUUUGCUCACAAAGAGGGGCCCAACUACCAGUGGGUGCCCUUCCAGGGAAAAGUGCCUUAUCCACGCCCUGGAAUGUGUCCCAGCAAGACUUUUGGCAGCUUUGAGUCCACUAAAGGUUUCCCGGAUGAUGUGAUACAGUUUGCGCGUCACCACCCUCUUAUGUACAACCCGGUCUACCCCAUGACCAGGCGACCCGUCUUUGUCAGAACCAACGUGGACUACAGCUUCACACAGAUUACUGUGGACAGAGUCAACGCCGCUGAUGGGCAGUAUGAUGUCAUGUUUAUCGGAACAGACAAAGGGACGGUACUAAAAGUGAUCAACGUUCCUAAAGAGAGUUGGAAGAACAUGGAGGAACUCCUACUAGAAGAGUUAGAGGUCUUCAAAGAUGCAUCGUCCAUCACUGACAUGCAGAUCUCUUCAAAACGGCAACAACUUUACGUGGGUUCCAACACGGGGAUCGCGCAGGUGCCCCUCCACCGCUGUAGCGUGUACGGGAAAGCGUGUGCUGAAUGCUGCCUGGCCAGAGACCCUUACUGCGCCUGGGAUGGCACUUCCUGUACUCGCUAUCUACCCAACACUAAGAGGCGAUUCCGUCGCCAGGAUGUGAGGAAUGGAGAUCCCAACACUCUGUGCUCUGGAGACCAUCACAAGCACCACAUCACUGAAAAGAAGCUGUAUGGAGUAGAAGGAAGCAGUACCUUCUUGGAGUGCAUUCCCAAAUCCCUUCAGGCCCGAGUCACCUGGACCUUCCAGAAGCAACGAGAGAAACCACGAGAAGAGGUACGUCUGGACGAGCGUAUCCUGCAGACGGAUAGAGGCCUUCUGAUUCGACGGGUGCUAAGGAGGGACAUGGGUGUCUACCAGUGUCACGCCAUGGAACACGGAUUCACGCAAACCUUGCUGGGUAUCACAUUAGACGUCAUCCAGUCCACUUCCACCAACCAGCCCUCGGCCGCCCCUUCUAGAGCGGAACCCCGCAGCUCAGGAGGCACCAACCCUAAGCUUUGGUAUCGGGACUUUAUGCAGCUGGUGGAUCAUCCCAACUUGAGCACCGUGGACCAGAUUUGCGAGCAAGUCUGGGCUCGACGGAAUCCCGCCGGUGAACAAACAGAAAGAAAAGUCGUUACUCCGAGGAAAGACCCGGAAACCCCUGGCCCGUCUGUAAGGCCCUCGAACAAGAAGUGGAAGCAUCUUCAGGAGUUGAGGAAGGGGAGGAACCGCCGGACCCACGAUGGAAAACCAAACCCUCGGGCGCCACGGAGUGCGGGGGAAUAAUAACGAAAUAUCUAACAGGACUCAUUCAGGGAGAAUGACUGAACUCUUGGAGGCAUUUUCGACACCUUGAACGCACCUCCGCCAUUGUGUACAUUUAUCGGAUUUACGGACUUCUUUGCAUGUUUUGUCCCAUGUUCAUCCCGCACGAUCCCACCACCGUGUCAUUGUCGUUGAGUACUGUGACAUGUCCCUAUUUGUUAGAUAAAUAAAAAAAAAGACACUCGUCUUUCCGCUAAGUGUGAACUCUGACACAAAAAGAUCCUGGAUGGACUUCACCUCUAAAGACUGGAGGAGGACAAACGAUGCAUUUCAUGACUGGGAAUGACACAACUGGAAUAUUCAACUGGAAACAUGCGCGCACACACACAAGCAUGCAGAAAGAUGAACUACUUAAUGUGAUGUAUUUACAAUCUUUCAGCAUUUUCUUUUUUUUUUGUUUUUUUUUUCGUUUCUUAAUACUUUAUUAUGUAGAGACGCCAGACUGAGAACUUCCUUUUGGCACAUUGAGGCACGUACUGUAGCAACCAAUAUGACAUACACAUACAAAGAGCUGUGAUUGGUUAAUAUUGUGUUACACCAUUAAACCACUACAGAGUGAGGGGCUAAAAAAAAAAAACUACUGCUUAUUCAAUAUUUGUGCAAAAAGGAGGUAUUUAGUGUGUACAUGAAAAAAAGCACAAAAAGGCUUCUAGUAUUGGGGCCAUGUUGAAAAUAAAAUAACGUAAACAAUUUUGAAAAUUACAAAAAAUAUUGUAAUAUUAAGAGAAAACGGGUGUUUUUUUUUAGUUUUUCAAAAAAAAUCAUCAACCUAGUCAAAACCUUAAAAACUCCAUCAAUCAGACUGACAUACUUGCUCACGGAGCAACAAAACAAAAACACAACACAUUCACAGCAACUUCACAUACAGUACUAAAUCAACAUCUAAGCGCUAAACAACACAUUACUUAAAAAUUGUUAUUUCCAAAGCUGCACGGCGGUCGAGUGGUUAGCGUGCAGACCUCACAGGCUUAUUCAAUAUUUGUGCAAAAAGGAGGUAUUUAGUGUGUACAUGAAAAAAAGCACAAAAAGGCUUCUAGUAUUGGGGGCCACUGAAAAUAAAAUAACGUAAACAAGUUGUGAUAUUAUGAGAAAAAAACUGAAAAUUACAAAAAUAUUGUAAUAUUCAGAGAAAAGAGGUGUUCUUUUUAGGUUUUUAACAACAAAAAAUCCUCAAUUUAGUCAAAACCUUAAAAACUUCAUCAAUCAGAAUGACUUACUUGCUCACGGAGCAACAAAAAAAACAACAACAACACAUUCACAGCAACUUCACAUAAAUCAACA